AAAACCGAUAAUGGUAUCAGCUUCAUAAUAGUACGAAAUCUGCUCAGUCGUUGUUACCUCCUAUAUUAAAUAAUGAUAAUAAAACCAUGGCGGAACGGGCAAUAAAUCAAAAAAAGGCCCAGUUUUUGAACACAUUCGCCCCAAAAAGUGCCUCAUUCGAUGAAUUAGUUAGAGAUAAGCUAGAACCGGGCAAAUUUCUCUUAACAAAAACAGGAUGGACAAAAAUACUGGCAAUAAUCGUGUGUUUAGCAGCUUUGGCCCUGUUUUUGGCGCAAAGCUGGGACCAGUGCUACGACAGACCCGACUGGUUCACUACCGUUUUUCCCGUCUGUGUCGGGUGUAAUGUUGGAGUACAGUUUCUGUUUUAUUUGAUGUUCUCAUGCGGGGGCACAGUGAAAUAUCCAGGAAAGUGGGUCACAGCUGACAUAAUUUUGAAUCUAAUAUUUUCUCUUGUUGGAAUUAUUGGUUCGGUGAUGACAGUGUCGACGACCAUCGAAUGUAGAGAAAAUCCCACCAUGCAUAAAGUGCCAGGAUUUUUAGGAAUUGUUGGCGGGGUUCUCUCGGUUGUGGGCUGCGCUGCAAUAUUUCUUAUGUAUCGAUAUGUGGAAGAAGAAGACGAGGGGCCAGUUCCCCAAACGCCGUUAGAACGAAAUAUAGAUCUCAGAAAAUCAAUACAUGCCUAAACGCAAUGUCGCAAAUUUUUAACACUAUGUCUACAUACAAAGUAUUUGAGAUUAAUUUAUUACAAACGUUUGUGAAAAGCAGAAUCACAAUAAAAUUUAUAGAAAAAUA